UACGUGUAGUCGUGAAGCCACAGUCUCGCGAGAUGAGACUUGUGACGUCGGUAUUAGCUCUCCGGCUGGAACCAAGGAGCUGGAUACUAACAGCAGCGAGUGCUGCAACUGGGGUCCGGGCUGUGUGAAGAAAAUUGUGACUAUCUGUAAAAGCGGAGCUGUAUAAUGUGUGAUUCUCCUUCUGCCAGAAAAGAAAUGGAUUCUUAAUAAUCAACUCCAAUAUAAGGUAUAAUCUGGAAAAAAAAACUGGCCUGCUCAACUUCCCACAGAUCAUUCUCAGACUGUAGAGAAGAAAGCAUUCAUUCUGGACUACUGGACGAUGUCUUUCGAUUUCUAAAUGUGGCAGGACGCUGAAAUCGAUCCCAUUGUCACUACGUAAUUAACGGAGUCUGAAAUAUUUAGCAAAUUGCACAGCUGUCAACAAAAGAUUAUGUAAAAUGACAGUGAUCAAAGAGGUAGCCGUUUUGGCUGCCUCAACUUUGAAUUAUAUCAUGGAUCUUUGAGUCUUCCAUCAGUUUCAACUAUUUCCAGGCCGGAUUAGAUCUGUUCCAAUGAUAUGGAAGUUCAUAUGUCACGUGUGGCAUCUUUUGCCACUCCUGCGGAUAUAACACCAAUGCAUACUGGGUCUGCACGGAGGAGGUCAUAUACCUUAGACAGUUCUUGUCGGGAUAUCCAUAGCGACAUUGUUGGGAAAAGUGGCAAUUCUCAAACUAGACCAUACUCUCAUAAAGAACCUAGUUCAACGGUCAAAUCCGCACUUCUAAAGGAAAGUUCACCAAAGGAAAGCAAUCUUAACUUUGGAGUCAUCCCACAAGAACUUCAUUCACGACUUCUUGACAUGAAGGAUUACAAGUCCAGAACACAUGCAGUAGAGGAGCUUAAGCUCCUUAUUCAAGAUAGUGACUUCAGCGCAAUAUCACAUUCUAAUGUAGUUUCACUCAUCAACUUUUUAUGUACUUUGCUGGAUGAUAAAAAUUUCACUAUUGUACUUGUCACAUUGGAUGUUCUUAAUUAUUUAGUAUUCAACCUUGGCCAUGGGGUGAAUGACUUUCUCCAACCUGUUAUAGCUUCCACGGUCAAACUUCUCGGAGACAGCAAAAUAGCUGUAAAGCAAGAAUACAUGAAAGUGUACAUGAGACUCAUGAAAGUAGUUGGACCUCAGAAAAUAUUAAAAAUAUUACUAGAUCAUUUAAAACACAAAAAUUCCAGGGUAAGAGAAGAAGUGGUUAAUAUUUGUAUUAUUUCACUCUUGACCUACCCAAGUGAAGAUUUCAAUUUAGCAUAUCUGGCUUGUGAAAUUGCUCCAUGUUUAAUAGAUAGCAAGAGAAAAGUUCGCCAUGCUGCCUUGGAAGCUUUUGCAGUCCUGGCUGCCACAAUGGGCCCUGGAAAAUGUAAUCUUUUUAAGGCUGUAGAUGAAGUAGAGUUGCAAGAAAAUGGUGAGGGGCUCAUGAAUGCUGUCCAGGCCCGAUUGGCACGAAAAUCUCUACCCAGAAUUACUUCACAAGGUUUAGUAGAGUAUGCACUUCCUUUUCCUUCUUCAGCUCGUCACAGAGCCACUCCUCAUCUGCCUGGAGCUGAUACAGAUUGGUUAUUGACAGGUACUCAUAUUCACAGUGGACAAUAUACAUCUGGUGAUUCCAGUGGGAGAAGCGCGGUACCUCAUAUUGAUCCUGUUCUUCGUAGAAUGUUAAGUGCAGGGAAAGGAAAAAACAAGUUCCCUUGGGAAAAUCAGCACCCUGGGGGCUCGGAUAUAUUUUCAGGAAAUCAGCCUUCCGUUGUUAUGGAACCAGAUCAGCCCUCCUCACAAUUUGAUACUCGUCAUACACCGAUAGUGAAAACCCCUACAGCUAAAACCAGAAAUUCCUCAAGCAAAACGCUUUCAAGUUCCAACAUAAACAAGGAGUAUCCAAGUGCAGUCCCAGCAAACAUUAGUUCUACUGUUCCAGUAAAAGCUACCUUGGUGAGAGUGCCAUCUGCUCGGAAAGAUCUAAACAGAUCAAGACCAGUACCGCCAAUAACUAAAGGAGCAACAUCAUUACCCGAUAUAAGUAAUGUCAUUUCCAGCAAAGCAAAGAAUGGUUCUCAGGAAACUGAGAAUAUUAACGAAGAUGAAAGCAUUGGAAUUGAUCUCUUGGAUUUACAUACAAAAGAUGAUGAUGACCGUGACGAGAUGCUUAGUUCGCUCCGUCAUCUGCGGAACAGUGCUGCUAAGAAGCGAGCCAAGAUAAGUGGAAGUCUGUCUGACCUUGAUAGCCCAGACUCGAUGAAAAUGGAUCUAAACAUGGAUUCUCCAACUCUGACAUCAUCUCCUAUCAGUGGGACUUACAGUGAGAGUGGAGUUUAUAGCCAAGAAUCAUGGAACUCACCAGUGUCUCCAACUCCACAGCCAAAAAAGAUAUCUGAUGCUGCUAAAUCAAAAUCACGACCCCCAAGGCUGCCCUCCCCACGCAGUAAGGAUGGCUACAAAAAAGGAGACGGCCUCCACCAAGGAGUCUCUGUGAAUGAGAAGCAAGUGAGAAUAAUUGGACAGCGUCUGAACUACAAAAGUGGUGCUGUGGAUGGCGAAGAAGAUCUUUUAAAAGAUAUCUUGUCUGGCCCCAUGAAAAUUCUCACUAAAGAUGUGCAAAAAACACUAAAACCCAUGAAAGGAAUCAUGGCCUCAACCACCAAUUUUCAGCAAGUUAGUGCCUUUCACUGUGAUUUGACAGAGGAUUCUGUAGCCAUAAUUGGAAAAGGUGUCUUUGAAACACCCCCACCUCCUUACCAAUCACACAGCCAGUCUUCCUUCUCAACCACUGAUGAUCUCCCUCCUGCCAAGCAGGACAUUCAACCUCCAGCAGGCAUAUAUGGGAGAGCAGUCCAGCAGAAUAGUCCUGCUGUUGAAAGUGAGGUAAAAGUAACAAUAUCCAAAUCAGCCAGAGAAAAGAUGAGACAGAGGAGAGAAAAUAGCCUGAAAGAACUUGAAUCCAAGGAUCCUGAAAAGAGGGAGCAAAUUCCAAGACAAAGACUUUCUCAGACUGAACCUAAUUGGGUCUUCAUGGAAUCACGGAAACCUGCAUCUAACAGUCUUGAGAGCUUUGAAAUUAGCCCACCAUCCUUGAAAAGAACUUCAAGUCUGAAGAGAACGUCAGCAGCACAAGGAAGCCCAUUCAAGGAGAGAAAGUCUAUUAGCCGUACUUCUGAGGUUAUCAAUCCCUUUGGACUGAGAGAACUACCCAGGCCAGAGAAUUCUGUUGCUGAAGCAUUUAGACUCUUGGCUGAUGAUGAUUGGGAAAAGAAGAUUGAGGGGCUGGGUUUGGUUCGAUCCCUGACUGUAUUUCACUCUGAUCUUUUGACUGAAAGGCUUCAUGACCUAAAAAUUGCAGUUAUUCAAGAGGUAAAGAACCUGCGCUCCGGUGUAUCCAGAGUAGCUAUUGUUUGUUUAGGAGACAUGUUUUCCAGCCUAAAGAAGAACAUGGAUCAUGAAUUGGACAACAGUGUCCGGGUACUUUUGCACAAAUCUGGAGACUCCAACGUCUUUAUCCGAGAAGAUGUAGACAAAACGCUUCAUGCCAUGGUGCAGAAUGUGACACCAGCACGUGCUCUUGCUUCCCUUAUAAAUGGAGGAUUGAGCCACUUGAACAAUGCUGUUAGAAAAUGUGCAGCACAACAUAUGUCCGACUUGGUGGAAAAAAUGGGCCCAGGGCGCAUCUUAUCUGGGGUCAGGGACAUCACAGAUCGGGCUCUUGCAGCCAUUGCCAAAUUUGCACAGGAUGGUUCACAGGAAACCAGAUACUUUGGAAGAAAGAUGCUUCAUUUCUUGAUGUCACAUCCAGAUUUUGACAGAAUGUUGGAAAAGUAUAUUCCAGACCGAGACUUAUCUUACAUGAAGGAUUUGAUGAAAAAUAUACAGCAAAAGGGAGUAGGAGAGAUCCAAGAUACCACUUCAGCCCGAGGAAGGCGUUCUUAUCAUGGAAGCGUGAGCAGCCUUAGAGCCUCAUCCAUGUCACAGAAUGUAAAUAUUUCUCCUGAGAGUGGUACCCGUAAAGAUGCAAAGCCAUGAUGAAUAUGGACUCUGCAGACGCUAGCUAAUAUAAAGGAGAUGAAGGGAAUUGGCUUAAUACCGAUCAGAUCUUUCACCAUUAAAUGACAACUCCUGCUUAUACUUUCUCAGUUGUUAUCAAAACCAGACAAGUAUUAUAUUUAAUUAAUUGCAGAUUAUAUGGACAUUGACAUUAGGCUCAACUGUGGUGUAUAUACCAUGGCUGAUUGAUAAUUGCUCACAGCAUUCCCAUUGUUCUCUGUGGGAAUCAACUCAUGGUAAUCAAAAAGCGACACAUACCAUAUAGCACUUUAAUUUUUUAAGAAAGUUCAUAGGCGUAUGGGAGCUGGGUAAACUGUACAUUGCUAGUGAAUAACUUUAUUAUUUGAUUUGGCCAUAGAACAUGGUAAUUCUAGGGAAAAAUGCUUUUAAAGAGAAACACAUCUUAAAACUAACCUCUUGUAGGCUGCUUUGUGUUUUUGCCUUUCUAUUUUUCCUCUCUCCAAUCUUUUAUUUAAUAUACUGUUCCAGAGUGAAAAAUUCCAAAAACCCAGACAGUAGGUAUAUUAAGAAGCUGCAUUUUCAUUUUGUAUUUCUUUUUAUGUAGCCAUUCACCUUCUUAACUGCUGUUUAAACCAUUACCUGGUUACUUGGCUCAGUAGGGCCUUAGCAAGUAGAAUCCUAUUACAUUUCUAAACUUCAGAGCUUUCGAGCAAAAAAUUAAAUAGUUCAAAUAAUAAAAUAGUUCAUAUACAUAAAUUACACCAAUAGCAUUAUUCUACUAUUGUACAAUAGUACAAUAAUAAAAAAUAGUACAACUUACUAAAACUUGAGGUUGGUGUACAUCCUCAUUUGAGACUUAGGCUUCUUGCAAGUGUUUCCUAAUUAAGCACAGUACAGUUAUGCAAAAACAACCAAUUUGCAAUGUAAACAUGUUGCAUAUCUUUCAUAUACAGAUAGAACAAAAAAAGUGACUAUUUUCUUUAUAAUUCCACUGUCUCAGUAUAUUAAAAUGUUUGUAUAAAUUUGGGGAAAAGUAUGGAAAUAAUAGAAAAAGGCCUUACUAUUUUUAAAUAAUUAGAAAGGUACAUACUGACACCAGCAAUUUCUUACAGGAGAAUUACAGGUAGGAGCAAGCAUUUAGGGUAAAUCUGAGGGUGAUCUAAUAAAUCCGAGAAACCCUUACAUUCCCAUUUCCCCAGAGCACCUCCCAUUGAAUUUAAUUGGAAACGCAUGUAUAGCAUAUGACUAGUGGGUUCAAUUGUGGGAGACAAAUGUGUGUGUUUCUUCACUGGUGUAAUAAUUGGCCAUGGUGUAUUUAAAGGAGAACUAAACCCUAAAAUUAAUAUGGCUAAAAAUGCCAUAUUUUAUAUACUGAACUUAUUGCACCAGCCUCAAAUUCAGUUUCUCAAUAGCAGCAAUGAUCCAGGAUUUGUCAC